CCGUAGACUAUUUAGAUUGCGAAUUGAAUCAACAUUCCCAGCGCGGCUGCUGCAGAACUUCUUACUGUUAAACUCUGACUAAGUUCUAACUUUAAUCUACAUUGUAUUUCUGAUAUUUUGACACAAGGAGUUUGGUUGGAAUCAUUUAACGGCCUUCAUCUAUUUUGUAUCUGACUGACCUGAGCAGUAGACGCAAUUUUCAAGGCGUAAGAUAAGCCUUCUCGUCUGACGUGGAUAGCGGUUGCUACGUGAGGAGAAAGCCUGAACUUUGGGGGUGGGCCUGUGCGAGCUUCCGUGCAAUCUUCAGUACCGGAUCGUCCGCGGACAGUCGACAGUCUACCCGGUAAACAACGAACUAGGCCUACUAGUAGUUUCCGACGCUAUUUUCAUCAUGUCUUCACUUCAUUGGGAGGCUGUUCGAAGACAACGUGUCUUUGAUAAAAAGCAAGAGGCAUUAAGAAGAACAGAGGAACAGAAAAAAGAACUUGCGGAAAAGAAUCGCAAGCAGCAGGAGGAACUUGCAAAAGGCAGUCAGUCAGAAUCAUACCACCGUCAAUUGCUUGCCACUAGAGGGCAGACUGCAGAGACAUGUAAUCACUUGACAUUGGAUGAACAGAGAAGACUAGAGCAUCAAGAGAUUGUUAAAGAGCACUUUCUUAGGUCAAGAUUACGCUACAAUGAUAUUGACUGUGCUCAGCAGUGGUAGACAAGAAUUUCAACAACAAAACUAAAACUUUACAAACAACCUUUGAUGUGGUGCAAGUGAUGAAAAAGAUGGGGAAGAAUAUGUUGCAACAGUGAAAGUAAAUCAGUGCAUGUCAUUGACUAAACCAGUGUAAUAGUUUUAUUACAGCAUUUCAUUUGCAGAAUCUGAAAUUAUGCAGUGCCAUUACCUACAUGUAUAUUGAGUCUAACUUUUCUGGACUAAAUUUAGUCAUUCCCGGUACUAAAAUAUCCCAAAGUGAACCUUACUACUACAUGAUAUGAACAGUAAGGGUUCUAAACAAUUUUGAAUACAAAAUUCAGAAAAAGUUAUGGAAUACGGAAACGUUCUCAUGGUUGCCAGUGCUUGAUAAUUUUGGGGAUAUUUUCAAUAAAUGGUUUCAACCAUUUUGAUUUAAUCUCUUCUCAAGAGAAGCAAAUAAAUAGAUUUUAAACAGAUAUAUAAUUUUGAACUUGUAAAUCAUCUUGGAAAUUGCAUUUUAUGCUAAAGAAAUAUUUAGAAUGUCCUAUUGAAAUUAUUGUUGACUGAUAUUUUACAAUAAUGUUGCAUAUUGAUUAUGAAAAUUAUUUUCAUUGUUUCAUCUGUAUUCACCUACUAAUGCAUUGUAAUGUGGGAUGUCAUUUACAUGCAUGUAUUGUAAAAUGCACCUCUUUACUGUCUAGUAUUGUAUGUAUUGUAUUUGGGUUUUUUUCAAAACAAAGGGGCCAUUAAAAUAAUACAUGUGCAUGUGUGUGUGUGUGUGUGUGUGUGUGGGGGGGGGGUGGUACUUCUGCCGGUGAAUCUGUCAAGUGUUUGUGGUACAAUGCAUUUAGUAUUGUGGAAUGAUUUGGAGUAACUUUGAUUCGUUUCUUAUGUAUCAUAUGAUGUUUGGCCUGUUGGUAGUCAGGUAUUGUGUUUAUACAUGUAUACAAUUCAUAAGAGCUUUAAUUUAAGACUGAAGUAGACUUUUCAAUCAAUAAUUUUACAGUAACAUUUAUUUUAUACUUAUUGAAUUAUAAUCUUGAGGAUUUAUGUUUUCAAUGUCUAAAUCAUGCAAUUCGUGCCAUGUAGCUAGAACCCCAAGCAUUAACAUAGUCAUUAAAUAUGUGUAUCAAAGUUUUUUCAAACAAGAUAAGAAUGAAAAAAAUAUUAAGAACGUGUUAAUUUGAAUGGUGAUUGCAAUGGCAACAUAUAAAUUUCUCAAUUACCUUGCGAAUCUUAGGCCUCAUAAAUAAUUUACAUAUUAUCAAGAUGCUGUAGGGGUUUUUAUCAUAAAAAUAGUAAUGGAUUACUCAACUACUAAUUAAUUAACACUAAUUAUUCCUAAAAGCAACAGUACAAUAUAAUUACAACUAAAAUUUUGCUUCGUAAUGUUGAUGAAUUUUUACCAUCUCAAAAUGAGAUUAAAAA